AUGGAUUAUUGUAUUCGUAAGACAGAAAUGACUGAUAAUAAAGAAGAUGAUGGUAAUAAUAAUAUAUAAUAAAUAAUUAGUUACAUUUGCUAGUUAUGAAUGGGAAAAUAUUAAGGCAACUACUGCCUCAUAAUUGCCAACUUGUAGAAAUUGUCAUACAGCUACAACAUUUAAACAUUAUAUGAUAAUAUUUGGUGGUAAAGAAGGAGAAGGUAGAAAGAAAUUCUGUAAUGAUAUUCAUAUUUUGGAUUUAAAAAGAUUAAAGUAAUAUAUUAUUAGUAAGAAAUUAGUUGGACAUCUUAAAUAAAGAUAAGUGGAUAGAUACCAGAUGUAAGAAUGGGACAUAGUGCUUAAAAUUAUUAUGAUAAGAUAGUCUAUUAUGGAGGAUGGAAUGGAUACACAGUAUUAGAUGAUAUUAUUAUGAUGACUCCAAGUGAAUAAAUGAAUAUUGUUUGUAUAGAUUGGUAACAUGUAAAAUCAGAGAAUACUCCUCCAAAAAGACAAUUUCAUACAGCUAAUAUUUGUGGAGAUUUUAUGUAUAUUUUUGGAGGAGGAGAUGGUAAGAUGUGGUUGAGUGAUCUAUAUAAAUUUGAUUUAGUUAAAUGUUAUUGGACUUAAGUAGAAACUACAGGAUAGAAACCUUAAGGUAGAUUGUAACAUAGUUCAGUUAUCUAUGAUUAUAAAAUUUAUGUUUUUGGUGGUGAACCUGAUCGAUCUCAUUAAUUAAAUGAUUUAUAUUAAUUGGAUAUUGAAAAUAAUAUUUGGACAAGAUUAUCACCUAAAGGUAGUACACCAUCUCCAAGAGUAAGUGCUUCAGCUGUUAUGAUGAAUAAUAAAAUCUAUUUAUUUGGAGGAUAUGAUGGAUAAUAAUGGAGAAAUGAUGUUUUCAUGUAUAAUAUCACAGAAAAUUAAUGGGAAUAUAUUGUAAUUAAUAAUUUAGAUAAUUAAUCUAAUUUUAGAAAUUAAAAUAAAGAUAAUAAUACAUCAUAAUAAUCAUCACCUCCAAGACCUAGAUGUAGACAUUCAGCUAUUGCUUAUAAAAAUACUAUAGUCAUUUUUGGAGGUAAUGAUAGUGAGAAAUCAUAUAAUGAUGUUUACAUGCUUAAAUAAUAAUCAAUUAUAAAAUUAGCAGAAUCUACACUCAAAUAAGAUUAUUCUAGCAUUCUAUUUUCUCCUAUUUUGAGUGAUAUUACAUUCUUUAUAGAUAAUCAAGAAAUUCAUGCACAUAAAAUUAUUUUAGCAUCUCGUUGUGAAUAUUUUAAAACUCUAUUUUUAAAUGAAUAAUUCAAUUUAGGAGAUAAAUUAGCUAUAACUGAUACAUCUAUUAAUGUUUUUAAAGGUAUUUUAUUAAUAUAAUCAUAUAAGCAAUUUUAUAAUAUAUAUAUACUGAUGAAGUUUUUAUUGAUUCAUAUAUUGUUUAUGAUUUAUUAGCAUUGGCAGAUAAAUAUAUGUUAUAAAGACUUAAGAAUUUAUGUGAAGAUCAUUUAGUAUUUAUUAAUAUAUAUCAAUUUUUUAGAUUAAAAACAUUUCAUUAAAAAAUGUAAUUGAUGUUGUCAAUUUGGCUGAUAAAUUUUCUGCAUAAGAAUUAAAAGCCAAUGCUAUGAUCUUUUUACUAGAUAAUAAAUAGAAGAUAUUGAAUACAUAAGAUAUAAAUAUGUUAUCCAAAGAGAUAUUAAUAGAAUUGUUAAAAUUUACUAAAUGA